AUGACCUGUUACGAUGUCGUCGUUUUUCCAACCUGUGAAGAUGAAUUUAAAGAUUUCGAACCGAUUGUUUUUCAUACUCCUGCUAUUUACAACGCCAAAGUAAAGGUGCAUGAUUGGCAAAUGCAUACGUUGGCGGAACCCAGGGAUAACAAAGACGUAUUUCCACCGAAAGGGAAUCUUCAUAAAUCAUCGUACGAAAGACUAGGGCCGGAACCUGCUUGUACAGGAAUUACGGAAACACACGCGAUGUUGUCUCAAAUAGAAUUAAAAGACUCGUAUAAACCAAUUUAUCCGCAACGUACUCUACUUCAUAUCAAGUCACUUGCAUCGUUAGAGCCGGAAGAAAAACAAGAGACAUUGACGGAUAUCGUGUACGAUGCCGAUGAAGCCCGUAACAUGGAUUAUCGAACAACAACGGAAAUUCAUUACAGAUCACCUUAUCCCAUGAAACGAAGAACGUUACCGCCGCCACCGCCACCACCACCGGAACCAUGGCUGUUAAAUCGACGGACUAUCGGCUAUAGUCUGGAAGAAUUGGAAAAGCGAAACGGGACGUACACGUUUUUAGAUGACAAUAUGGAGCUUCAUAAACAAAUAGCCGAUUUAAAAUCAAGAAGAUACAAACUGCGUACGUUUCAAGACAGCCAGCCUUCCGAACACGUCAAUGCGUCUGAUAUAAAAGACCGUAAGGAUUGAAAAUUGGAAUGUACAAAGAUAAGCAAGAAUAUAUUUUAUCGAAUUCAUCGAAAGAAAUGAAUUAUUAUUG